AUGUACUCACCUCAUUCAUACACAUAUAAGGUACUCCGACAAGUAUCUUACAUGUACUCACCUCACUCACACACAUAUAAGGUACUCCCGCAACAUUUACAUUCAUUUCAUAUUUACAUAUACAUAUCUACACACACAUAUAUACAUACACAUAUAUACACACGAGUGUUCAGGAGAGGUAGCCCCUCUUCAUCCUUGGCCGGCCUUUGGAUAUAUUAUUGGGGAAAAAUGGAUAUAAGGAAACAGAGAAAAGACGUUAAAUCUACAUUACUAGAGAGGAUUACGAGAGCAUUCGGACAUUGCAAAGUUCGGAAUUUACACAACAAUUCUAGCAUCAUGUGUAGCGAUAUUUCCAUAUGUGUUCCUUCUUGCGCUAGUGAAAUCGAUAUUUCACGAGAAUCAAGUAAUUGGUAUGAGGAGAUAUUUAGGAACCCCCUUAAUAUCUUCUACAUAACAAGUACUGCGACUCGUAAAAUUAAGAUUAUCGUCCCUGCGAUACGUGAAUUGGCAUCUAGUAGUGCAAAAGAGGACCCAAAAGUCAUUUUCGUAUCGUAUAAGAUGGAACAUUGUGAAAAUAGGAGUGAAAACUCUGUAUUGCACACAUUAUCUAGUAUUUUUUAUUUUCUUUUCAUAUUUUUUUCUAACAUUUUUAAUAUGGAGAGAAUUAAAAAGUUGUUUUUCGCGCUUGUCAAUAUGCUGAAUAUCUGGAAAUUUGUUAAAAAGUUGUGGAAAGGUGCAAACAGGAAUGACUUAAGAAAUAGCACAGCACAAAAUGAAAGAGAAGCUGAUAUAAAAGCCGCGGCCCAAGCGGAAACAGGAGUUGUGUUGGAAAAAUAUGGUCUCAAAGUGGUAGAGUAUUCAGAAAAUUCAACAACGUGUGAGUCGGAUUGGAUAGAAAAUUAUCCAGAGAAUACCUUUACA